CCACAGCAAGUUCAGUCGCUCUGCUCCCCCCAUCUCUCUCUCUCGCGUGCUCGCUCGCUUGCUUUGUAGCUCAAUUUUCUGGAACGCAUCUAGGGUUUCCUUCACUUCAUCGCAGAAGGAAGGCAAACGGAUUUGUGUAGGCUCAAAGUUACUUUGACUAUCCCGAGGUCUAAGCGUUUCAGCAAAGAUUGAAGAACAAUCGCAAAGAGAGUAUCCAGAUACGGUAGCAGAGAGGGAAGUUUGGAGAAGAUACGAGGAGGUGAUGCAGUGCUGUGGAAAUACUCACAUCUCCUUAAUGCCAUGGAAACCCCUAGUCUCCUAUUGUUGUCGUUCUCUCUCAGCCCCACGACCGCGUCGUCUAGUGGUAUCUGCAGCAGCGGCGCAACCAACAGCAUCGAAUUCGGGUGAUGGCAGCAAUGGCGGUGACGAUUUGAGCGAGGUUUUGAAUGGGAAGGUUGCCAAAGGGUCAGGGACGAGUGCAAGAGGCCGGAGACUUCUUAAGAUUCGGGAGGAGAAAAGGAAACGCGAAUAUGAACGUCUUCACAACUAUCCUGCCUGGGCCAAAGUGCUGGAAGGUGCUUGCAAAAAUGAUACAGAGCUGCGAGCUGUUCUUGGCGAUAGCAUUGGGAACCCUGAGCUUAUGAGGAAAAGGGUUGAAGAAAGGGUUCGGAAGAAGGGUCGAGAUUUUCACAAGUCCAAAACGGGUUCUGUCCUUGCUUUCAAAGUCAGCUUUAGAGAGUUUGUUAUAUUGUUCCUGCACAGCUAUAAUCCUGUUGACUCCUACAUAUGGUUUGAAUUAUAUGGAUCACCAUCUGAUCAGGAUGUUGACCUUCUUGGUAGUGUUAUACAGUCAUGGUAUGUCAUGGGGCGCUUGGGUGCCUUCAAUUCUUCUAACCUACAGCUGGCAAAUUCAGCAAUGGAGUAUGAUCCUCUUUAUGAUCCAGAUAAGGGUUCUAAUGUAAUGCCAUCUUCGUUUCAUGACAUUGGUGAUGUCGAGUUUCAGGACAACUGGGGCCGCGUUUGGGUAGACCUUGGGACCUCAGAUUUCUUCGCCAUUGAUGUCCUCCUCAACUGCCUUACUGUGCUGAACUCAGAGAUUCUAUGGCAGAUAUUUGGGCAUCCAACAGGUAGUUUUUGGUGGCCGCCGGAUGGGUGAUUGGGAGGAGGGUAUGACAAGCCCUGACUAUGGGUACAAGUGUUUCAAGAUCUGAGAUGGGAAUGUCUGAAUGCCCAUAUAUUUAGUUUCCACAGCCCAUGGAGAUUAAUAACGAACCAAUAUGGAAAGGCCAUGGCAUGUCUCAGCAUUUGGUAGGGUAUUCCGGCACUUCCUAUUUCAGGAAAUGUUUCUUCCCUUCUACGAGGGCUGAAAGUUAAACAGUAACAGUUGAGAAACAAGAGCACAAGUUAGAGUUGGCAGUAUCCUCCAAUUGCAGCUUUCUAUCAAAGGGCAUUGUUUUUGGAUCUUCAAAGGGCCUGCAUAUUGAUUAUGAACGGAUGGUUACACUUUCAAUUCAAGCACUUUUUUGAAGUUUCUCAGGCAAGAGGCUUGGCCAUGGGACUGAAGCAUCAGGCCCUGGUUGUCAAGACGAACAUGCUGUUGUCACAAUACCUAAAUGAAGCCCAUUUCAAGGUUUUUUGAUAUUAUCCUCAGACUUAUGUUGAAAAUAUCUACAUGUCCAUGUCUUCUUGUUUAGGUUUUUUUUUUUAAGGUUAGUUUUCAGUUUUUAUGAAUUGGUUUUAAUUAUUUUAUGGUUGUUUUUAUCUUUUGCUAAAUAAAGUUAAAACCUAGACAUUGCAUUU